CUUUGUCUCUUCCGCCGGGCUCGGAGCAGCGUCCGCGCUCCGCUGUCGCUCCUGCAGGGGGCCCAGGUGUCUCUGCCGCAGCCCGUGUCACCCGUGACCUGCAGGGUCCUUCCGCCUGCGGGUGUGGUGGUAGCAGAUGGAGGGGUCGCGCUGAGGCCUUGACAUGCACAUUCUCAAGAUGCAGCUGUGACCUGUGCAGAUGACCUCAGCUGAGAGGGCGCCUUAGAGAGGCCGGAGGAAGAGGAAGAAAUGGCUGGUUCUCAGGGAUUGUUGACAUUCAGGGACGUGGCCAUAAAAUUCUCUGUGGAGGAGUGGGCGUGCCUGGACCCUGCUCAGCAGAAUUUGCAUCGGGAUGUGAUGUUAGAGAACUACGCAAACCUGGUCUCUGUGGGUCUUGCUGCCUCUGAGCUGGACCUGAUUUCCUGUCUGGAGCACAGGCAAGAGCCCGGGCCUGUGAGGAGACAUGAGGCAGGAGCCACACACCCAGAUAUAUUUUCUCAUUUCACCCAAGUCCUGUGGACAAAGAAGUGCAUAGAAGCUCCAUUCCAGAAAGUGAUACUGGGAAGCGGUAUAGCAGACAAAGAUGAAGCUUUUCUUACUCAUUUGGUGCUUUAAAAACAACAAUCUUGAAAU